AUGUUCGCCGCCACCCGCUCUGUCGUCUUCGUUGCGCUUCUGAGCGCCCUCGCCCUCGCGGCCCCUGUGAAGCGCUUCGACAACGCACGCUACACGUACUACGACGCCGGGAAGAACGCUUGCGGUUCGACGGACUCGAACACCGACUACGUCAUCGCUCUCAGUCCCGAGUUCUACAACAACGGCGCCAACUGCUGGAGGUCCGUGACGGUUCAGUACAACGGCAAGCAGGUGCAGGCGAGGGCCACCGAUGAGUGCCCCGGCUGCAGCGGUGACCAGGUCGACCUCUCGCGUCCCCUUUUCGCCGCCCUCGCUCCUCUCGACAAGGGUGUCCUCUAUGGCCAGUGGUGGUACAACAACUAA